AUGCCCAUCUUUUUAAUAACAGGUGCGUCGUCGGCGUGCCGGGCGCUGCACAGUGGUCCGGCGGAGGCGUGCUGCGCCGGCGUCGGUCCCGGCUGCGGCAACCCGUCGCUGGUCAACCUGGCAGAGCUGAUCGCGCUCGGCGACGACGACGUGCGCCUGGUGCCGCUCUCCUCGUGGGACGCGGGGGCGCAGACCGCCGCCUCCACCGCCGACCUCGCCCUCCGCCCCCCCGCCUCCUCCUCCUCGUCCUCAGAUGACUCCAUCAGCGGAUGCCGCUUCGCCAGUUCCGACCUGAUACCGAUCUCGUCGUGGGACGAGCAAUCGCCAUCGGCGGACGGCAGCGAGCGCUCGGCCAGAGCGGUUGGUGGGACCGCCGACUCGCUGGUGAACCUGGCACAGCGCGUGGCCCGCGGUCCGCGGGGCGCCUGCAGGCCGCCAACCCACGGUUCUGGGGGAAUGCCGCUGUUCGGCGGCGCCGCUGCCCGCCGCUGAGUUUGAGGGUUACCGCACCUGCUAAAAAGUGUCCACAUCCACUGUA